AUGUUAUCAAAGCUCUCGCAUAAAGAAUUGCUGAAACUAGCACAGAGGCAAUGUAUACCGCCAUUAUUGUCUACUUUUCAUAAGGGUCAAGCAGGUGGCAGGGUCUGUAUUAUUGGUGGAUGUGAAGAUUACACAGGAGCGCCUUAUUUCAGUGCCAAUGCCACUGCACUAAUGGGUUGCGACUUGACACAUGUGAUAUGUGAAUAUAAUGCAGCUACCGUGAUAAAAUCGUAUACUCCAAAUCUAAUGGUUCAUCCUUAUAUGAGAAUGAGCAAUAGUUAUUUACCUAAUGGCGACCCUGUUCAUUCUGACAUGGACAAGAUUAAGAACCUGCUACAAAGAAUGCACGUUAUUGUUAUUGGCCCCGGUUUGGGAAGAGAUAAAGAUAUGCUAAAAUCUAUUAAAGAAAUAAUCAGGUUUGAUUUAGAGCAGUUGGGAGGUCAAUUACCCAUUGUAAUUGAUGCAGAUGGCCUAUUUCUAGUGAGUGAGGAUCAUGAUACCAGAGCUCUUCUAAAAAGGUUUCCAAGGGGAAGAAUUAUAUUAACACCAAACGUCGUCGAAAUGAAGCGUAUAAGGGACUCAUUAAGUAAACAGUGCUCGAGUGAGAUCGAUAUAGUGAAUGAAUUGAAGUGCAUUUUAGUUGAGAAGGGUACAGAAGAUGCAAUUUACUCACCUGGUGAAGGUAAUGAUAUUUUGAAGAAUAAACAAGAAGGGAGUAAUAAAAGAGUAGGUGGUCAAGGAGAUACUUUGACUGGGACAAUAGCCUGUAUGCUAGCGUAUUGUAGGGCAAUCUAUGACUUUAAGGUUUAUAGGCCUGAUCAUAAUUCCGAGUAUUUAAAGGAUUGGAUAGAUUAUGCGAUGUUAAGUUGUUAUGUCGGGUGUACCAUUACUCGUGAAAGUGCCCGAUUAGCAUUCAAGCAAAGCGGCAGAGCGAUGCAAACCACGGAUGUAAAUAACCGUGUUGGUGAAGUGUAUGCUAGAUUAUUUGAUUAG